AUCUCGUGAUUCCAUGGGUUCGCUCCCGCUGGCAUGCGAACAGACAAUGGAUUCGGCUUUGGCAUCAGUCCAUCGGUGCGUCCAAUGAAGCUAUCUUCGGCCUGCACCUUCAACCCAGAUACACAACCGCCAGCAGUCGAGUUUUACCCUUUCGACUCUCCUCUGCCCCCUCUUCGCCCGCCCAUCUCUGUUGAUCCCUCCUGCAUUUUUACCUACCCCAUGCGUCUAACGUUGCAAACCUCGGCCAUGUGGCUUUAUCGGGCGUAGGUUGUAGGCCAGACGCAGAUUAUGUGGAUUCGUCGACCCUUGGCCGUUCGCACCCCCCGGACUCUCUCCACACAGCGAGGGCGUGCUGCAGAGUUGAAAGGUGAGAUGCGACAACCUCUAUUUCCCUUUCGCUCCUCAGCUUGGGAUCCAACUUCCCUUCCAUCAUUCCUUCUCGGCAGUUGCCCCAACGAACACCAUGUCGACCCUCGAGACUGCGCCGUCGCCCAUUGACGCCUCGACGUCAUACCUGUCGGCCCGGAACAUUUUGGGCCUCGUCGGCAUCUGGCUGGCGUACCAGCUCUUCAAGGCCCUUUACAACAUCUCGCCUCUGCACCCGUUGAGCCAUAUCCCGGGACCCAAGCUGUCUGCGGCCACGUACAUCCCCGAGUUCUACUACGAUGUAAUCCUAUUUGGACGCUACACCAGGGAGAUUCAUCGCAUGCACGAGCAGUAUGGCCCGAUUGUUCGCAUCAGCCCUCAUGAGGUUCACUGUAACGACGUCAACUUCGCCGAUGAAAUCUAUGCCGUCAGCGGUCGCAAGCGCGAUAAGCCUGUCCACCAGAUCAACGGUUCAGCUCUGGGUGAGUCCGGCUUCGGCACCGUGGAUCACGACCUUCACCGCGCCCGUCGUGGCCCCUUGGCCAAGUUCUUCUCUCGCAGCAUGAUCUCGCGCCUCGAGGGCGACGUCCACGCCUUGGUCCAGAAGCUCUGCGACAAGCUGCUGGCCGAGACGGACAAGAAGGAACCCUUCGACGUCACCAUGGCGUACUCCUGCUUCACAUCGGACGCCAUAUCCGGUUACUGCUUCGGCGAGAGUUUCGGCUUCCUCAAACAAGAAGGCUGGUAUCCCAACUUCCGCGCCCCGACGGCGUCUAUUCUCCGACCCGUCUUUGUCUUCCGCUUUUUCCCCCGGACCAAGCACCUUGCCGUGCUUGGAGAGUGGCUCGUGGACUACCUGCCCACUGACAUCGCCUUGAUGAUCCGCACGCUCAAGAUGGAGAUCCCGAACAGGGUCGAUAACACCAAGGCCGAGCUCGACGCCGGCAUCCGCCACGAACGCCCCACCGUCUUCGGCUCCCUUCUGGAAUCGGACCUCAAAUCGGCCGAGAAGGGCUCGCUGCGCCUGGCCGACGAGGCCGCCGCCGUCGUCGGUGCCGGGACCGAGACCACCAGCUGGGCGUUGGCUGUCAUCACCUACCACCUCCUGACCAAGCCCGAGAUGCUUGAGAAGCUGCAGGCCGAGCUGCGGUCGGUCGUCGACGACCCCAAGCACCUCCCCAGCUGGACAUCCCUCGAGAACCUGCCCUACCUCGGCGCCGUCCUCCAGGAGGGCCUGCGGCUGUCGUACGGCGUGUCGGCGCGCACCGCGCGCGUGGCGACCGAGGAGAACAUUGUGUACCGCGGCGAGUUCAACAAGAAGCCCGUCGAGUACGUGAUCCCCUCCGGCUACGCCGUCGGCAUGUCCGCCGUCAUCACGCACCACGACGAGAGCGUCUUCCCGGACUCGUACCAGUUCGCCCCCGAGCGCUGGCUGGACGAGAACAACCAGCGCCGGAAGGACGUCGAGAAGGGCAUGCUCGCCUUUUCCAAGGGCAGCAGGUCUUGCCUGGGCAUGAACCUGGCUCUGUGCGAGCUCAACCUGUGCCUCACGGCUCUCGCCCUGCGCGUCCUGCCGACCAUGCGUCUCUACGAUACCACUGAUGAGGAUGUUGCCUACGACCACGACAUGUUUGUUCCCGUGCCCAAGGCGGGGACUACCGGCGUGAGGGUGAAGAUGGUCUAAGAUUUCGAGAACGACAAACAACAAAAUGCCUUACCCUUGUUUCUAAGAUUAGGAUUCAUAAUUGUCGUGAUUCAAAUGCCGAGCCCUCCAAUCUAUCUACCC